AUGUGUCUUUGCGCCGUGGACUAGUGGCAACUACGAAAUUGAUGAAAUAAUUUUAGAUGCUCAAGUGCAUUAUAAUGGGCAUCAUGAUUGGAUUGAAUGGAUUCCAUACGAGCAGCUUCUUAAAGAAAAAUAUUUUUGCGAAAACGAAUUUUACGAGGUAUAUUUUGCCAUUUGGGGAAAAGGACGAGUAAUAUCAUAUGAUAGAGAAUCAAAAUCAUUGAUUCGUGAAGAGCAAGGCAUUGUUCAAUUGAACCUUUUCUCAAAUUUAGAUUAUUUGUUUUGCUCCUUAAAAUCGGACGGGAAGGAUAUAUUUGGCGUAUCGAAGGAUCCCUGUACUCAGAACUUUUUUCUUAUACAAAAGCCAUCGUACUGUCUAAAAUGCAAAUUAAAUUGGAACACUACUUUGAAUAUAUGUCCUCGAUGCGAUUUUUUACCCUGGACAAGCGGAAAUGAUAAAAUUGACGAGAUUUUAAUAAAUUAUCAAAUACAAUUUCGCGGUUUUAAGUAUCAUAAUUGGAUUGAAUGGAUUUCCUAUGACAAUUUUAACAAAUUAGAACUUAUGGUGGAAGAGCAAGACUUCGACGUAUAUAAGGCUAUCUGGGAGCCUGGACGCAUAACGGAUUUUGAAGAAGAAACAAAAAGGCUCGUUAAACAGAAGGAAAGCGAUGUUCAGCUUAAUAUAUAUUCAAAUUUCGACAGUUUCUAUAAUAUAAUAUGCAGUGAGUUUUAUGUCAUUCAUGGGGUUUCAAAAGAUCCAGCUACUCAUAAUUAUAUUCUAGUAAGAGAUCUGGAAUAUUGUAUGAAUUGUAACUUGAGAUUAAACCUUACAUUUCAACUAUGUCCAAGAUGUUAUUAUUUACCGUGGACGUCCGGAAAUGUGCAAAUCGAUGAAUUAAUUAUAAAAAGGCAAAUCGAAUGCGAGAACAGUGAUAAAUGGAUCGAAUGUCUAUUUGAGAAAAGCUUUGAUGAGCUGUUUAAUGAGAUAGAAGUGAUUGAAGAAAACAAAUGUUAUAAAGUAUAUAAUGCAAUUUGGAAUAUGGGACGUAUACAAAGCUUCGAUCAUAAAUUAAAAAAAUUUAAUAGGGAAGAAAAAAGUGAGGUUCAAUUAAAUGAAUAUUCAAAUUUAGACUAUUUAUAUGAGGAGUUAAAGAACGAUUUUUCAGGAGUAUACGGGAUAAUGAAACAUACGCUAACAAAUGACAUUAUACUUAUAAAAGAACGCAAGUUUUGUUCGAAAUGUAAAGCUACUUGGAAUAUAUUUUAUCAGAUAUGCUUUAGAUGCCACCUUUCACCAUGGUCAAGUGGGGAUAUGAGAAUCGAUGAAUUUAUUAUAAAUAUACAGAACAAGUUUGAUAAACCAUUAGACGAAGACAAUAACGAUAAUCGAUAUGAAUUGCUUGAGUGGAUUCCGUAUGAGAAAAUAAAAAAUCGCGAAUUUAUUAAAGAAGAAACCUUAUAUACAGUAUAUAAGGCAACAUUGGAAUAUGACCGUAUAAAAAAUAUUACAAAACAAAAAUCAUUAGAGAGAUUGAAUAAAUCACAAACCGUUCAAUUAGAUAUUUAUUUUAACUCGGAACAAUUAUAUAAUGCACUGAAUAGAAAGUAUAAUGAAUUUAGAUAUUGUUUAUUUGGAAUUUCAAAGUCUCCUAGUGGAAAUUUCAUCCUAGUUAGAGUACUAGAGUUUUGUUCAAAAUGCCGGCAAAAAUGGAAUCUUCAAUUGGAAUUAUGUCCAAAGUGUGAUCUUCCAUCUUGGACUAGUGGUCAUCCGGAAAUCGAUGAUUUUAUUUUAGAUGAACAACGUAAAUAUUUGCAUAGUAGUCAAGGUCAUCUUAAGUUUAAUGGAUGGAUCGAGUGGAUUCCAUAUAACCAAUUUAGUAAGAUUGAAAAUUUAGGAGAAGGCGGCUUUGCUAGAGUUUCAAAAUCGAUCUGGAAAAAGGGAAAGACAUACUAUGACAGUGCAAAUAAGAGUUUUAAAAGAUGUUAUAAUUGGGAAGUGGCUCUCAAAGAAAAAUUAAACUCAAAAGGUUGCAUUUCGGAAUUCAUUAAAGAAACAAAGAUUUUAUUAGGUGCACUAAGUCAUGGCGAAUGCAGAUUGUAUUCGUGCAAUGUAUAUGGAAUUUCACAAAAUCCUAAUACCGGAAACUUUAUUCUUGUACUGGAAUAUUUUGAAGACGGAUCUCUUUAUUCACGUCUUUCAAAGGAUAUGAUCACAUUCCAUUAUAAAGUAAUAUUGAAAAUUCUGAAGAAUAUUUUGAAAGGCUUAAUUCAUGCGCAUUCAGAGAAUCUAGUUCAUGGCAAUUUACAUAGUGGCAAUAUUUUAGGCGACCUUUCCGGUGAACCUGUUAGUAUUACGAAUGCAAAUUUUAAAUUGUCUGACUUUGGAAUAUCCAAAAUAGAGCUAG